AUGAUGUCGUUACAAUCGGGCAUUUUGACAUAUUUACGAUGGCUGAUCGCUGUAAACAUUUUAUUGAUCACAAAGGCUGAAGGUGCUGGCCCUCUAGGUGCCCAUUGUCGGACAAGUGCCGACUGCAACGCUACAAAUUCUCAUUGCGACAAAGGAGUUUGCUCCUGUCAACCGUAUUACGCGCAAGUCGACAGCUCCACGUGCCUUCAGUCAACACUAUUGGGAUCCGAAUGCGUGGUGUCGGAACAGUGUACUCUGAAGGUGGCAUUUAGUGCGUGCUUGGAAGGUGUUUGUCGAUGCACCGAUGGCCAUUUACAAUUCAGAAAGCAUACCUGUCUUUCUCCGGCGCCUCCAACUCACGUGUGUUAUAGUAACGAACAUUGUCGCUUAUGGGAUAAGGAGAGUCAUUGUGAAUUCGUCAUCCCUAACCUUUUCGGGAGGUGUGCCUGUAACAGUCUCUUCAGACAAAGCGGCGAUAGAUGCAUUCCGCAGAGACUUCCAGGGCUGUCUACUGAAACGGUGAUCACCGAGCAAGAGGCUGUUAUCGUAGAAGCUAACGGAACGAUCCCGAACACCCAAAUACCUCACAAGAAAAUUACCCUUCCCACCCAUCUUAACCCAGGCUCUGAGGAUCCUUUCGGCCCUCCAAGCUUAUUAGUUGACACAGAAGACGUGCGGCCAAGUAAACUGCCGAUGUUUACCAGCAAGAACGACGUUCUUAGCACGCAAGAGGACAGUCCAUUGAUGCAGGCCGUCAUGAAAGUGCCCACGCUUGCACCAGAGAAGACGCUCCCACCCACCGUAAGGGAAGACGCUGAGCAGAAUGAAUUGAUUCGUGCCGAAGAAAUGACGGCACAUUUGCAUGCCGACCAACCGGUAUACAGGGUGGUAACUCAGCCGUCCACGGAAAAGAAAUCAAACAAAAAGAGCGGAGGAGGGAAGGAGCAUCAAAGUACCGGGAAUAAACCAUACAAAGGCGGACACCAGAAAAAGUCAUCUUUAAAGGAUAAGCAUCGUGUCCGUGCUGAAGUGUCUCCGGUUUUCGAUCUUGGACCAGCGUCCCUCGGAAUGCCUUGCCUAAAGGACUCGCAAUGCCAUCAAGUCGAUCCUAACUCGCGCUGCCUUAAUAAAAGAUGCGACUGCGCUUUUCGCAACAACUCUACUUCAGCCUGCUCAGCGAGGAACAGAGGAUGCUUGCCGGGAACUUUUCAGUGCCGUUCCACCGGCGCGUGCAUAAGCUGGUACUUCGUGUGCGACGGUAGAAAAGACUGUCCCGACGGCUCCGACGAGAAGUGCCAAGGUACUGGCAAAGACGGAACCGGAGAGCGGUGCCCAAUGCACGCGUUCCGCUGCGGAGGGCCAGGGUCUAUGUGCGUCUCGCGCGCUGCUCGAUGUGACGGUACACCCCAGUGCCCUGGCGGAGAGGAUGAGAGGAACUGCCGCGCCACCAGGCGUAAAGGCUGCCCCAGGCACACAUUUAGAUGCGGCUCUGGAGAAUGCCUUCCAGAAUAUGAGUUCUGCAACGCGAUCAUCUCCUGCAAAGACGAAUCUGAUGAACCGUCUCAUCUCUGCAACGAACAGUCGAGAUGGCGUGCUGCGGACUUCUGCCCGCUGCGCUGCGGUAACGGCCGCUGCCGAAGCACCGCCGUGGCGUGCUCGGGGCGUGACGGCUGCGGCGACAACAGCGACGAGAUCGCCUGCUCCGUCUGCAGAUGCCCUGGUCAACCUCAAUCA